AGACACCUUGUUUUCUGUUCUUUAGUUUCCGUGCCCUGCACGUGGUAUCUGUGUUGAAAAUAUUGCUGCCCAAUUGUCAAUGUAGUAAUACACUGCUUGGACAAGGUGUUUUCUCGCGUCGCUAGGAUGGCUUUAGUUUGAAAACAAUGUUCACUAUCGUCGGCUCAAACGUUGGGGAGCGGAUUUACAACAGCUAUGCCUGCCUUGCUUAUUCUAGCAGGGUCACGGAUCGGGGAUUAAUGAGGCAUGUACGGGCACAUCCGGAGUUGGGAAGCAUAACAACACUUUGGGACAGAUGUGAUAAAAUGUUCAAAUUCCGUCAACGAUAUGGACUUUAAGAAGACAAAGUAUGGAAGAUACAUGAAUAGCAGAGUUCCGUCAGACAAGCGAUACCAGCCCACGGAGUAUGAGCACGCGGCUAACUGCGCGACGCACGCGCUGUGGAUAAUUCCCAGCAUUCUUGGCAGUUCCAUCUUAUACUUCCUGUCUGAUGACCAAUGGGAGACCAUCACGGCAUGGAUCUACGGCUUUGGGCUGUCUGGACUUUUCACCAUGUCCACGGUAUUCCAUACUGUCUCAUGGAAAAAGAGCCACCUCAGGACCGUAGAGCAACGCGUCCACAUGUGCGACAGGAUAGCCAUCUACUUCUUUAUCGCGGCCUCCUAUGCCCCCUGGCUCAACCUGAGAGAGCUGGGCCCGUGGGCCUGGCACAUGCGCUGGAUGGUGUGGAUCAUGGCGUGCGUGGGCACCGUGUACGUGUUCCUCUUUCACGAGAGGUAUAAGAUCAUAGAGCUUAUAUUCUACACAGCUAUGGCAGCCGUUCCUGCAUUUGUAAUUCUAUCAAUGCACGACAGAGAUGGCCUGUUUGAGCUGGCGGUGGGCGGAGCGUUUUACAGCCUUGGCACGGUUUUCUUUAAAAGCGACGGUCUCAUCCCGUUCGCUCACGCCAUCUGGCACCUCUUCGUUGCCAUGGGAGCUGGCACCCACUACUACGCCAUCUGGAGGUACCUGUACACGCCGGGGCCCGGCCAGGUGAAGACCUUCAGGUGACAAGCCAGGUCAUCGCCCUUCCCCAGGAGAGUUUGGUUCCAUUUCAGAUUUCUUCACAAGAAACCUUUGCAAAUGCUUCAGAAUCAAUAGAGCAUGGAUAUUUGUGAAGAAACACUGUUCUUAUUUUUCAGUAUGGAAAAGGUCAAUUUCAUAACUUUUAUAAGUAAGUUUCAGCAGUGUUUAAAAGUAAGAUUUGGUCAAAACACCAACUUGUUCAUCACUUUGUUGCCAAAUACUGGGAACUGUAUGAAAACAAAUCUUCAAAGUAAUACGUUCCCUAGAAAUCCCUACGCAAUAUUCUCCCAAAUUCAAAAUAUUCGGUGUGAGAAAGUGUUAGCAGUGCCUGGAUGGCCGAAAAUGGGACUGAUUAAUUUUGGAUGCCUGUGGCUUUCACAAAUGAGUUUCAUUAGCCAAGCAGCACUGUUAUUAGUGUAAAUGUAGCCAUAUUUCAAACAGUAGGUUUAUAAGUUUGAACCCACUCACAGAAGUACAAUUUCCUGGUGGACAUUCCAAUAACCCAUUCUGUUCACUAUUUAAAAUAUUUGAAUUAUACCGUUUAAAUAGGAGAGGGUCAUUUAGAUCUUUAAGAGGGUUCAUUUUAUUUGUUUUUAUUUUCUUAUGCCUUAAACCACAACUGUCACUGCCCUGAAGUGCGGUUGUGUUUCCUGUGUACAGAAACAAAUAGGAAACCAAAUUUCACCAAAACUUGAGCAUUACUCAUAUUAUUUGAACAGUGUGUUCCCCAACUUUCAAGUGGAAACAAAAAAUUCAAACAUUUGUAUCCCUUGCUGCUAAUCUUACCAGAGUAAGGUCUAUUUCACAGGCACAGUUUCCAUUCAAGGAAAUAUGAGUAUGCAAACAAAGAGGAACAACAGACAUGCCGUUAAGUGCAAACAGACAUUAAAAUUAACGAGUUAUGUCUCAUUAAUGAGUUAUGUCUGCAUAUUAAGCUACACAGGAAGAUGAGUCUUGAGCACUGAGAGAUGUUACAUUCAGCAAAAUUAGUGCAUAACCAUGUGUUGUGGUUUAUUCCACAUGUGUCUCAAUAUUUAUGAUUGAAAGUUCAAACUCUCUGGGCGAUGUUUUAUUCGUGUCACAGAAAUGACUGCUGUCAGGCAGGAAUAAUCGGCUCCUGCACUCGAGGCAAAUAGCACUGCUGGCUUUCAUUCUUCCCCUCCAAUCAGACCAAUUUAGACCUGGGACACUGAAUGACUCAUGAAUUACUCAUUACAGCAGCAAUACUGGCCUCGAGAGGCAGAUUUGAGUUUCCCUUGUUUAGGAUUUCAGGGCAGAUUACAAUAAUGUAUUUUUAACUGGCCAAGACAGCAGCAACAAAAUACAAUAAAUGUUCACAAUACAGUAUUAGGAACAAGGGAUUUAAAGUUACCCAGUGAUACUACUGCAUCCAAUUUAAGUGUUUUCUCAUCUCCACAUCAUUCAAUUCCCAAUGCGUACAAUGGGAUAAUGUCAUUUCUCAAAAAUGUGUGGAUGCCAUAACUAGUAGAGUAGUUCUAGAACUCAAGGACAUUCCAAAGCUAUGCAAUUCUUAGGUACUCAAUGUCUUGGCACUGUUUACAUUCCUGUGGGCCAAAAGGACUGAUUUUACUCAGGACAAACCUCCCCUGUGCCACUGCAAUACAAAAAGCAUCUCAUGAUGUUGUGUUGACUGCAUUUUCAAUCAGGGUUUUUUCUGCUAUAAAAUAUUUAAUUGCUGCACUACCAUCAUGUAGAAUUGGGGUUAUUUUGCAAUUAAGUUCUGAGUAACAACAAACACCAGCAGACCCUACAGCCCUCAGGAAAAUAACUGAGAACCCCAGCACUGGAAGCUUAGCAAACUUUUUAGUUUAGCCUCUCAGAAUAAGUUGCAAUAUUGCGCACAUAGUUAAAUUAUAUGAUCAACAUACCACUAACAGGAGUUUUAUUCUGAAAGCACACCCCUUAAUUCCUAAAUUAGAAGGAAACCACUCAUGUAUGGGUUAGACCACUUGUGUUGCUCUUUCUGUAAGGUUGUUCAGUAGCAGUAAUUUCUGUUGUAGGAUGUGCUCUCACUUUAAAAAUACCGGUUUCAAAUUAUAUGCGUAUUGCCUAGUGGAACACUAACUUUUUUUUUUUAACCAUGGAAAACUUGAUCUACAUAUGGACCGCAGUCUAGCAGGAAGCCUUGUACUUUACAGAAAACCUAACCCCCACGUUGGCUGAAUUCUCACCUGUGACUAAUCAAAGAGAGUUCACUGAUUACAUCAUGUGAGAAUUGUUCCAAUCGCAGGUUAUUUUCUGUUAUGUGCCCACGGGUUAUGUGCAUUUGCUCUGAUGUACUAGUGGAACGCAACUACUGUUGGUUCAGGUGUGGAAGAAAAUUAAGUGCUCAUUAGCUUCUAUUGAAAAUAACCUCAGCUGUGAAUACUCAGUCAUCUCUAUGGACAGGGAUACUCACAUCUGGCUGACGACCCCAUUAGCACUGCUGGUUUUCAUUCUGCCCCUCUAACCAGGUCUGAUUUAAAGCUGGAACACCAGGUGAGAGAAAUCUCUCAUCAAUCUGUUAACUUCCAGGUGGAAAAGAAAACCAGCAGUACGACGCCUCGGGGGCCAGAUUUGAGUAUACCGGCCAAUGGAGGUUUCUUUAAGUUGGUGACUUUUGUCCUGUGGUGAUUUGAGAGAAUAAUGCAUUUGAUGCAUAGCUGCUGUCAUCUACUGUGUGUGUGAGAAUUUCAAAUUCUAAGUACUUC